AAUAAAGUAAGUGAAAAGAUAAAACGAAUCAUAAACUCACAUCACACACACACAAGCUCAGCUUCUGACAACAUCCUACACUGUUUAAUAAAACACACAAACCUCUGCAACUAUUGUCUUCUUAACACACUUCUCUCUCUCUCUCUCUCCUCUCCGCCGGAAUCCACAACCACCGGCAUUCUCACCGGGAAUCCAAAUGGAGCUUAACAUCUUCCACCGCUCUUCUCCCAUCUUAUUCCUCCUCCUCUCAGUAACGUUUAUAUUCCCAACGGCGAUAACAUCAAUCGGAGUAAACUACGGCCAAAUCGGAGACAACCUCCCACCACCGUCCGAAGUAAUCCCACUAAUAAAAUCAAUCGGAGCAACAAAAGUAAAACUCUACGACGCAAACCCACAAAUCCUCAAAGCAUUCGCCAACACAGGGAUCGAGUUCAUCGUCGGACUAGGCAACGAGUACCUCUCCAAGAUGAAAGAUCCAUCAAAAGCCCUAACAUGGAUCAAACAAAACGUCACACCAUUUUUGCCGGCGACUAACAUCACAUGCAUCACUAUAGGCAAUGAGAUCUUAGCUCUCAACGACUCAUCUCUCACCGUUAACCUCCUCCCUGCUAUGCAAGGAGUCCACUCUGCUCUUACCACCGCCGGUCUCUCCGGUCAGAUCUCCGUCACCACCGCGCACUCUCUCUCCAUCCUCAAAACGUCUUUCCCGCCUUCCGCCGGAGAGUUUCAGCCGGAUCUGGUGGAUGCACUCACGCCGAUUCUUGAUUUCCACCGGAAAACAGAGUCGCCGUUCUUGAUCAACGCGUACCCUUUCUUCGCUUAUAAAGGAAACCCUAAAGAAGUGCCUCUCGACUUCGUUCUGUUUCAGCCGAACCAAGGAGUGGUGGAUCCGACCACCGGGUUUCAUUACGACAACAUGCUCUUCGCUCAGAUCGACGCCGUGUACUCUGCUUUAGCGGCGGCGGGGUAUAAGUCGUUGAGAGUUGAGAUAUCGGAGACUGGUUGGCCGUCUAAAGGUGACGAAGACGAGGUCGGAGCUACGCCGGAGAACGCGAAGAGGUAUAACGGGAACUUGAUUAAGUUGAUGAUGAGUGGUAAAAAGACUAAAACACCCUUGAAGCCUAGCAACGAUCUUAAUAUUUACGUUUUUGCCCUUUUUAAUGAGAACUUGAAACCUGGUCCGACCUCUGAGAGGAACUAUGGGUUGUUUAAACCUGAUGGGACUCAGGCUUAUUCGCUUGGGUUUACUUUAAACGACGUCGUGAGAGGAGCUAGUGGUGGUGGCGGUGGUGGUGGGAAUAGUAGUAGCAGCGGAGGAGGAGGAAAGACGCCGGUGCUACCGGUUUCUCCGGUGGCUCCGGAUAGUGCAUCAACUGGCUAUUUGGCUAUUUCCUAUGCUCCCGUAACGGGGAAAAGAAAAGGGAAAGGUGAAGUAUUGUCAAUGGUGGUGAUGAGUAUGUUAUUAUUAUUACUGGCGAGACACUUACUUUGAUUACACGAAACUGAGUUUAACACUUAAGAGAAGCAAAAGCUGUUACACCAAAGUCUUUUUGCAUUCUUCCAAAUUCGAGAUUACUACUACUACUACUACUACUUGAGCUAUCUUCACGGCUAUUUUUUUUACAUAUAAUAUGUUAUGUUAGAGAUUCAUUUUGCACCUUUAUGUAGCAUUGAGGAUUCACACUCAAAAUUCACUUAUGUAUUCCCAAUCAAUAAAUAUUAUCUUAGUGAGGAUCACAUUUUUUGGUUAA